CCCUGCUCGCAUUCAUAAACGGAUAUGAUAAGACAUCGUUGAAUGUACCGAGGCUACAGCGGCAGUCACAUCAGACCAUGGCGGAAGAAGACGACGUGAGGAUUCGGGUCUUACAGAGCCUGCGGGGGAAGAUAUGUGAAGCUAAGAACUUGGGACCAGUCUCAGCUCCAAAUCGGCAGAGGGAUCUUUGUACCUUUUGCACCAUCAGCCUGGAUCAGGAGGAGGUCUUCCGCACAAAGGUGUUCGACAAAAGCCUCAGCCCCUUCUACGGAGAAGACUUCUUCUUUGAGAUUCCACGACCAUUUCAGUAUUUAUCCUUCUAUAUUUACGCAAAGGGAUCUUUCCAAAGGGACCUGCCCGUUGGUAAAGUUUCCAUUCGGAAGAAGGAUCUGUACCAACACAGUGGAAAGGAGCAAUGGUUCAGCCUACAGCCAGUAGACCCCAACUCAGAAGUCCAGGGUAAGGUUCACCUGGAGAUGAGACUCAGCGAACUGAUCACAGACAACGGACCUGGAUGUCAGCAGCUACUGGUUCGGAUAAUUGAAUGCCAGGGACUUCCGUUGAUAAGUGGGCAGAACUGUGACCCAUACGCCACUGUCGCCCUGGUGGGACCAUCAAGAUCUGAUCAUAAGAAGACCAAGGUAAAGAAGAAAACCAGUGACCCUCAUUUUGAAGAGACCUUCUCCUUUGAGGUCACAAGGUCCAGCAGCUACUCGAAAAAGUCAAAUUUCCAAGUGGAGGAAGAGGACAUUGAAAAACUGGAGAUCAAAGUGGAUCUGUGGAACAACGGGAACCUGGCCCAGGACGUGUUCCUGGGGGAGACGCGGGUGUCCAUCAAGAUCCUGAGGAAUGAGAACUUCCACAAGGCCUGGUACCUUCUGCAGCCCAAAGGGAACGGAAACAAGCACAAGCCCGACGACCUGGGCUCGCUGCGUCUGAAGGUCAACUACGUAGAGGACACGGUGCUGCCUUCGUCCUGCUACAAACCACUCUGCAACCUGCUGCUCAAAUCCCCAGACGUCAAGCCCAUCUCUGCAUCGGCAGCCCACAUCCUGGGAGACAUCUGCAGGGAGAGGUACGAGGCAGUGCUGCCACUGGUGCGCCUGCUGCUCCACCACAACCGCCUGGUGCCUUUCCUCACAGCCGUGGCUGCCCUAGAGCUGGAGAACACGCAGGAGGCCAACACCAUCUUUCGAGGCAAUUCCCUGGCGACGCGCUGCAUAGAUGACAUGAUGAAGAUCGUCGGGAAGAGUUACCUAAUGGGUACACUCAAGCCAGUUUUAGAUGAGAUCUUUGAUUCCAACAAAUCCUGCGAGAUAGACCCAAUCAAGCUAAAGGAGGGUGAUAACGUGGACGUCAACAAGGAGAACCUGCAGAACUAUGUCCAGAAGAUCUUCUCCUCCAUCACCCAGUCCAGUGCCAGCUGUCCCACUCUGAUGUGUGACGUGUUCAGGUCCCUGAGGCACAUGGCCUCCAAGCGGUUCCCAGCUGACCCACACGUGCAGUACUCUGCGGUCAGCAGCUUUGUGUUCCUGCGGUUCUUUGCGGUUGCCGUCUUGUCCCCACACUCCUUCCAGCUUCGACCCCACCAUCCUGAUCCUGAGAUAUCUCGUACGCUCACGCUCAUUUCCAAAACCAUCCAAACACUGGGCAGCUGGGGCAGCUUGUCCAAGAACAAACUGUCUAGUUUCAAGGAAACCUUCAUGUAUGAUUUCUUCAAAUCAUUCCAAGAAGACAAGUGCAUUGAGAAAGUUAAAAAGUUUCUUGACGAGAUAUCGUCUAAUGUCAACAAGGAAUCAAGUGGAAUGGAGGAUGCACUCAUUCUAAAGGAAGGGGAGGUGCAGAAACGAGCCCAGGGAAGAAAGCGAAUCGGCAAGAGGAACUUCAAGAAGAGGUGGCUGAGGGUGACCAACAGGGAGCUCUCCUAUCACAAACACAGAGGGAAGGAGGCCCUAUGCAUCAUCGAUGUCAAAAAUAUUCGGGCGGUUGAGAAGCUGGAUGAAAGUGCCUUUAAUCGCAAAAAUAUGUUUCAGGUGGUCCACGCAGAAAAGCCGCUGUACGUCCAGGCAGGGAACUGCGUGGAAGCGUGUGAAUGGAUGGAGGUCCUGAGCCAGUUCAGCCGCUGCAACGAGCGACGACUCGCCAACUUCCACCCGUCUACGUACACGGGCGGAGCCUGGCAGUGCUGCAAAGGCCUGAGUGACCGCGCCCCGGGCUGUAAACCCUGCACAACCCCCAUGCUGGCCAACCUCCAGCUGGACAUAGACUGUGACCGAGAGACGGAGAGGAUCUUCUCCCUGCUCACAUGCAACGACGGCAAGUUCCAGAAGAUGGAGGACGCGUGUGCCAGUAUAGCUGUGUACCAGGGUCCCCAGAGGGAGCAGGACGAGUACUCCAAGUUCACCAUCCAGGACCCCAAGGAGACCUUCCAGACGCUGAAGCAGCUCCGCAACGUCAUGGAGGAGCUGCAGACGCAGCACGACCGCAGGAACGACCCCACCGCCAAAUACGGCAGCCUGGGCAAUCCAAUAGUGGGUAAGAGUAUCCAGACCGGCUGAAGAUGGCCCCUGCCCAGCUGGUGGAGUUGUGCCCCUGCCCCGCCAAGAGGGCGGGGCCCCCUGAGCGCCCCACCCCCCAAUCCAUCCCCCGGCCAGGAAGAGGACCCACAGGCCCAGAGGCCACUGGGACAUGGAGGUCUGGAGGACUUGACCUGUAGAAGGGGAAGACCGAAACAGUGGAAACCGCAGCAAUCAGGUCCUCCUCCCGGGUCCCCCCGAGCGGUGGUCAGAGGAGCCCCCUGUGUGUUAUUUGGUUUAGCCCACUCCCACUCCCCCGGUCUGGAAUACACACAGCUCUUUUCUUUGGCCUUGGUUUGCGUAGAACAUUGUUUGGCUUUUGAAAUUCAGUUUCAGAUUUUUUUGUUUUUCUCCCUACAAAUGUUUUUGUAAGACAUCAUUAGUUGGUGUGUGAAUAGGCUGCUAAAAAAAACUUUUUAUUCACUCGUUUUUGUAUCGUCAAGAACCCUUAUGAUGCUUUUUACAAUCUCGGAAUUUUUUGCAAAUGGCAGACCUUUAUGAUCAUAAUCUUUUUAAAAGGGAUUUUCCCUGCCGCCCCCUCCCCAGAUAUCUUGUUUUUUAUCCCCCCCAUGACUUUAUUUUUAUUUUUAUUUAACCUGAGCAAAUACAGCGUACCUGUUAGAAACAAGUUCAAGCCGAUCUGCCUUACUUUGUUGAUAGAUGUACAGUUUCUUUCAUAUCCUGACGUGAGGAAAUAACGCAGAAGCACUUUAAACAUUUGGAUCAGUCCAGAUGGAAACAUUUAGAUACAUGGUAUCAGCAUUUAAUGUUCCCCAUAUUGAUCAGUUGCAUGAUCUCCUGUAAAUUCAUGUCCCUGUUCCUGUUCAUUCAUUCCUGUUUAUAGUCGGUAGUUUAAUUUGCUAUUUUUCCUAACCAAAGACAAUUUUGUAGGAUGACUUGAAAAAACAAAAGAUAUAUUAAUGUAUUUUGAAUACAGUUGUUUAAAAAAAAGAAAAAAGUAAAGAAAUUAUAUAUUUGGUUCAUGUGACCAUUUCUCUAAAGCGUCUUUUGGCUUUUAACGACGAAGACAAUUGGGAUGCAUCCGGUCAGUUCAGAACCCCUUUGGUCAGUCAGUGGUCACCUAUGUGAAUGUGAUGUGUGAUAUCGGUACCUUUUCCUCUGUGUGUGUGCGUCAGACCUACGGCGUCCUCAUCUCUGCUGUGAUUAAUCCCACUAGGAGGCUAACCUCAGCCCUGAUAUCAAUCCAGAUAAUCGCAGUCCAAAACGAUUCUCUCACUCUCUCUCUUUCACUCUUUCACUCUUUCAUUCUCACUCUCUCUCAUGGUCUUGUAUCGCCCUCCUUGCUUUGUUAUACCAUGUUACUGACCCUCUCUAUAUAUCCCUCUCCUUUUCCCACUUCAAAGGGAAAAAAUAUAGUUGUUUUUUUUAAAUUGGAUAUCCCCGAUACUGGGACAGAAGUCCAGCCCCCCACGAGUUGAAGAUGGGAUUUGAUAGCACUGUUCUCAGUACACAUGUCAACCAUCUGACUUGCAGCAUUUUGAAUGGUUAUUCAUAUCUAUACUGCCACAUAAUUUAGGAUUUGACCAUAUGAACAAUGAGGUUUAAAACAAAGUACGUAGAAACUAGAAUUUGAAUUGACAACAAAUGCUGAACAAAACGCAAUGUCAGACAAUGAUUUGUUUUAUCACUUGUGUGGAAAAUAUUUUUUUAGUCUCAAUCAUAUAUUUCUGUAGUGACACAUUUGUCAUAUUUUUCCAUGUUUUGUUUUUGUGUACCUUUUUCUUAACACUGUGAUUUCUUAACUUGCUUAUAUUGUGUUGAUUUAUUAAUGGUACUUCAAUGUCUGUUAAUGUCUUCAGUGCUACUUUGAAUACUGGCUGCUUUUCGUAAAUACUCCAGACAAUUAAACGUGCGUACGUGGUAAUAUCGCUGCAUAAUCUCCAUUUGUCGAUAGUGGAUGCAGUGCCUGUACUCCUUCACUGUAUUUGAUAGUAAUCUUGUUUAAUUGCAGACUGCGGAUGGACAGACUGCAAAGGGAAAAAUAUACCGGAUUUAACCACUGAAUACACUCCAGCAGGUGAAAUGUAUAAAUGUAUACUUUUUUGUAAUACUUUUUAGCCCAGUGAGUCUCUCAACUCCUGGAGGUGGUGCAACGAUGACGCGUAGACAUUCAGAAACAAAUCGAGGAAUAAUUCAGUCUGGAGGUUAAGCUUGCAUUUAUACGUCAACGCUAUGCUAACAUCCAUGCAGCAUAUGUCUUUAUUUAUGUAUGAAGGUAAAUGUUAUGUUUGUUUUAUUUUUUAUCUUUCCUUCAGUCAUUUAUUUUAAUAUUUUCCAUAUCCACAUUUUACUUUUCCCUUUAACUUGAAAAUAAACAUUAUCUGGAUCAGAUGCCGUGUCCAAACCGAGUGGUGCUUUGGAGUUGUGAGGGAUUCAAAUUGCAUGUGGUUUAAGUAGUGUUAGGGUUGAUUCCCAAGGGCCGCACCGUAUCAUUAUGUGGCUGUCGGGUUUUUUUAUUGGUUCUAAAAGGAUGUACUUAAUAUGACAACGGGUUAGGCUAACGACACUGAAAUACGCAAAGUAAGCGUGUAUGUUUAUAAUUAUGUGGUGGGUUUCAACAUAAUUCCAAAUAUCCCCUCCGCUUUUUGAAGGAGGACUCUGUCCCCAUCGGCUUAAAAGCAUUACUUGUUCAAGAUGCUCUGAAAUAGCUGUUUCUUCUGUUGUUUCUCUUUGCCAUAUUUCAGGGCGGUGAUAUUGUUAUCGCUGGAAUCAAUGGUGCUUUCUAUAGUACAUGACGGUCGACACGAUGUUGAAGUCGGGAUGAGAUAUUUAUGGAUUACUGUUACUUGUGUGGUCGACGUGUUUUGUGCGGAGUAUUUUUGUAUUGUCUCAUCUGUCGUAGCCCUAUGCCCUUUUUGUGCACCUUUGUGUGAUUCAUUUCACACUGUAAUGAUCUUCUCUUAUCGAGCCCCCAUGACAUUAAUUCACAUACGUUGAAGACCAUAAUAAAAAAGGUCAUCUCGGCACUUAUAGCCCCACCAAUUUCAACACAAAGGGACCACCUUGGUGUUUGGCUACACAGGAUCUGCCAAUGGCAAAUGCACAGAUGAAUGUUUAGAUGAAAUGGCAAUGUUGCUUCCUUCCAUUCAUAUUUUCUUUUAAUGCUUUUUUAUGUAGCGAGCUAGGUGGCUUUUCCAUUUAACUGCUUUUGUAUUUCCUGAAAACGUUUGUGACAAGCUGUGGUUGUGAAAUCUGUGAGCCAUUAAAGUUGAUCUCCGGUUGGCGUAGUUUGCUCACAGCCAGAGUCCUGUACGCAGGCCUAGUUAAUGACAGCCUGCGUCCGUCCGCAAGGCAGGGAAGUUUUCCCAUCUUAGACUGAGAUUCCCCCAUCUCCUGUUGUGUCUUUGGAAACCAUCCAAUCCCAGUAAUCCAGCCUGCACUAUAUGCUCCCUAUGUACACUAAUUGGACACUAAAGUUGUUUACAUUACAGAAUGUUUAUUAGGGGUCCGAGCAGCGAAGCUGCUUGGUCCCCUAUUGUUUCUGUAACGUUUUUUUUUUUCUCAAAUUCUGUAAAAGUCAUACUGCAGCCUAUAGCGUAAGUUGAAAACUCUUGAACUUUUCCCACAAUUUCACAUUAUUGCCAAACAUGAUAAAAAGAUUCACAGGCUACAAAAAUAUUCAAAAAUUCACCAAAUUCACCACAUCAAAUCUUUAGACCAAGCCUGACAAAAAUCUUCAAACAGAAUUUGUUUUAUUUAGUUCCAUUUGAGAAAUAUUGGCCAUUAAGUUGGAGCAGUUAGCCCAUUUUUCUUAUAUGACCAUUUUGUUAUUGUAUAAAAAAAACAAGACUUUUAUUAGGUGGAUACCAAUACCCCCCACUACCCAUAAACCAAAUUGUUGUACUGCACCGAAAGGUAUGAACUAGCCUUAUUUCUCCUCACCAGAUUGACCUGGACUCAAAAUUCUUUCAUCAUAUUAAUCUCUAAAAAUCAGAUGCAUCUUUUUCACCCUAGUCUCCUGCUCUAAAAAUGUUUACUUUUCCCACAAUUUCAUAGAAAAGCCAAACGUCCACAGUCUCAACCCAUUUUGUCUAUAUGACCAUUUUGUUAUUGUAUAACUACCAUACGGCUAUCAAUAGGUGGAUACCAUUAACGGUGCAAAUUUUCAGAUCUAUACUCUUUUAAGAAAGCCCUUAAUUCUCUUGUGAAAUGUGUGCUUGGAGUUUUCUUGAUGUGUGCUUAUCAAUAGAUUUUCACCUUGUGAAUGAGGCUUUAUGCAGUUCAGGAAUGUCAGUGGCUCAAUGGGAUAAUGCCUUGUACUGGUGAUCCUUAGGUUGAGUGUUUGAAUUCCGAUUAGAGCGUAAUAAUCAAGCUGAACAUGACAUUCUGUCAUUGCCACUCAUUUAAGAAACACAACAUUGAACAGCACCUGAAAUUCAACAGGCAAUCAACAUUCCGGCUCAUUAGUUUCCAAGAAUCUGACUGCCAAGACACAGUAUGGCAUUGAAGGGAACUUCUUCGUUAACCAUUUUUCCUUCAUAAUGAACUAUGUCAUAUUAAUAUUUCUUCCGUUAGUGUUCUUGACAACAAAUGUUUAAUUUCCCCAGAAUUUCAAAGAUUUUUCAGGUAUUUGCUUUUAAGAAAGCCCUUAAUUCAUUUGAGAAAUGUUUGCUUGGAGUUUUCUGGAUGUUGUGCGCUUAUCAAUAGACAUUUUCACCAUGUGGAUGAGGCUACAUUUCAGGUUAGUAAGUGGCUCAAGGGGAUAAUGCCUUGUACUGGUGAUCCUUAGUUUGAGAGUUUGAAUCCCGUUUAGACAAUGCUGAACAUGAACCAGCAGCCUAGUCACCUGAAAGCCAAGGCACAGUAUGGCAUUAAGGGGAACAUCAACAUCUUUCCUUCAUAAUUAUGUCUUAUUUAUAUAUCUUCCAUCAGUGUGUUCUUGACUUUUCAUUUCGCUCGGACCCCGUUAAUCACCGCUUGCGGUUAUAUUAUUAACAUUGUAUUUGCAGCAUGUGUUGCAGCCAUAAAAUUUUCCAAUUUCCCAUUAUAAUCUUUUUCUGCGUUAGAGCUUGAAUUAUAACCAUCUAAAAAGAUUAGCUUCCAGUCAAAAGCCAUCAAAAUGUUGCAGUUUAACUUGCUUUCCAAAACAAAGUAAUAUCCAACUGGGGUGUAAAAUUGUUUCAGGAUGGCGGACAACAUGACGCGAUCCCACCUGCAGCUGAGAAAUGGCCAAACCGGUCAUCACAUCUCGUGAUUUAGAGUAGAUUAUUAUCUUUAUAAAACUCUUUAUAAAAAGCAAUGGGAAAUUAAUUACCAUCCACAGACUUCAAGGAGCCGUGCUCCAUAAAAAAACAACACACAUACAUGUUUUAGUAGGACCAUUGACCUCUACAGUUCACAUUCCACCAUGAUGGAGUGAACCCUCAUGAUUCAUGUAUGUUAUCUGUGUUGUAUCUCUGCCAUGCAUCUCAAAGGGGCCAUCCUCUGCUGUUUCUGAAAUCUUCCAAUGUUCCUUUGCUCAA